AUGCUGCCCCACGCGCCAUCCCGGCACCUGGGCGCCGCCAAGUUCAAACCCCUCCUCCCCGCCAAACCGCCACUCUCUCCCGCGUCCUCCUCCCGCGGCACCCUCUGCGCCGCGGCCGCCUCCCGCCGCGACUUCCUCCUGCUCGUCCCGUCCCUGGCCGCGGCGUCCACGGCCCUCCAGUACCUCCCGCUCGCGGCCUCCGCCGCGGACGACGAGAAGCCGGCCCCGACACCGCCGCCCGUUCCGGCCGCAGCACCGGCCCCGACACCUGCUGCGGAGUCCGAAGGGGAGGCGCUGUCGAGGAUGUACGACGCCACGGUCAUCGGCGAGCCGCAGGCCGUGGGGAAGGACGCGCGCGGGAGGGUGUGGGAGAAGCUCAUGGCCGCGCGGGUCGUCUACCUCGGGGAGGCCGAGCUCGUGCCCGACCGCGACGACCGGGUGCUCGAGCUCGAGAUCGUCAGGAAGCUGGCCGCUCGCUGCGCGGACGCCGGCAGGACCCUCUCGCUCUCGCUCGAGGCCUUCCCCUGCGACCUCCAGGAGCAGCUCAACCAGUUCAUGGAUGGGAGAAUUGACGGCAACAACUUAAGGUUGUACACAUCUCAAUGGGCACCGGAGCGCUGGCAGGAGUAUGAACCUCUUUUAAACUACUGCCGUGAUAAUGGAAUCAAGCUUAUUGCAUGUGGAACUCCGCUUGAGGUGGUAAGAACUGUCCAAGCAGAAGGAAUCAAAGGCCUUUCAAAAGAGCAGAGGAAGUUGUAUGCUCCUCCAGCUGGCUCAGGCUUCAUUUCUGGCUUUACAUCCAUCUCAGGCCGAUCAUUGAUAGACAAGACGUCAUCCUCUCGUGUCUCUCCUUUUGGUCCUAGCUCAUAUCUAUCUGCACAGGCAAGAGUAGUUGAUGAUUAUACCAUGUCCCAAAUAAUAAUGAAGGAAAUUAGUACUGGAGAUCCUUCAGGGAUGCUCGUUGUUGUAACUGGUGCAAGCCAUGUUAUGUAUGGGUCACGAGGAAUUGGUGUUCCUGCCAGAAUAUCUAAAAAGAUGCAAAAGAAAAAGCAAGUUGUGAUCCUUCUUGAUCCUGAGAGGCAAGGUAUAAGGCGAGAAGGUGAAAUCCCCGUAGCGGAUUUAUUGUGGUAUUCUGCUGCCAAGCCAUGCAGUCGAAAUUGCUUUGACCGUGCUGAAAUCGCUAGAGUUAUGAAUGCAGCUGGUAGGAGGCGUGAAGCUCUGCCCCAGGAUAUUCAGAAAGGAAUAGAUCUUGGUGUAGUUUCUCCUGAGAUAUUGCAGAACUUUUUUGACCUUGAGAAAUAUCCUGUUGUGGAUGAAUUGAUUCACCGAUUCCAAGGUUUCCGUGAAAGGUUACUGGCAGAUCCCCAAUUCUUGAAUAGAUUAGCUAUCGAAGAGGGUAUAUCAAUAACUACAGCUGUCCUGGCACAAUAUGAAAAACGGAAAGGACGGUUUUUUGAAGAGAUCGACUAUGUCCUUACUGAUACAAUUAGAGGUUCUGUUGUUGACUUUUUUACAGUCUGGCUUCCUGCUCCUACUAUUUCGCUCUUAUCUAUUGCUGACAAUGGUUCUGGUGAGAGCUUGGAGCUUGUCAGAGGAUUGUUAGGGUCACUGCCAGAUAAUGCAUUUCAAAAGGGUAUCGUGGGCCAGAAUUGGGACAUGAAUCAGAGAUUUGCAUCGGUACUAGUGGGUGGUUUGAAACUUGCUGGUGUUGGAUUUGUUUCCAGUAUUGGAGCUGGAGUUGCUUCGGAUGUUUUGUAUGCUGCUCGUCGAUUUUUGAGUCCUACAAGUAUAGAGGCAGAACGCCCAAGAGCUCCCAUUUGGAAAGCAGCGUCUGUGUAUAGUGGCUUCCUUGGAACAUCAGCGAAUCUGCGGUAUCAGGUCAUUGCUGGUCUAGUGGAGCAUCGGCUUGGAGAGUAUCUUGUGUCAUACUAUAAUCAGCCAUUUCUUGCUAAUGUGCUGUCCUUUGUUGCACGGAUAAUCAAUUCAUACUUUGGAACACAGCAAUGGAUUGAUCUUGCACGAUCUACAGGCAUCCAAACUAGCGAGGAAGAGCCACCUUCUCCUGGCACUCUCAUCUCAUCAGAAAUACCAGUGUUAGAAUGUGGCACGGCAGAAGUACCAAGUACAGACGAUAUUAAUAAGAACCAAUCAGGUGAGCAGACAUAG